AUGCUUCCCCACCACCUAGGUUUUAACUUCCUCAGCCUGUGCGGUGAGGUCUCGGCGCACUUCCCCAGCCGCUCCCUAGAGGGCAGCACCGAGGCCGCCAGCCCGCUGUGCCUCAGCAAGCAGCCGCAGGGCUCCGCACAGCACCCUGCUAGAGUGCAGGGCCCAGGUCUUGCAGCGGGAACUGGCUGGGAGUUUGCAUCUUCUGCAUCUUGCUACAGGAACCAUACAUUGAAGACAAUUUCUGGAAGCUUCUACUUUGUGGUUGGCCACCAUGAUAAUCCAGUUUUUGAAAUGGAGUUUUUGCCAGCUGGGAAAUCGGAAUCCAAGGAUGAUCACCAUCAUCUGAGCCAGUUCACAGCACACACAGCCCUUGAUCUGGUAGAUGAGAACAUGUGGCUGUCGAACAACAUGUACUUGAAAACUGUGGACAAGUUCAAUGAGUGGUUUGUGUCGGCAUUUGUCACUGCAGGGCAUAUGAGAUUUAUUAUACUUCAUGAUAUAAGGCAAAAAGAUGGAAUAAAGAACUUCUUUACUGAUGUCUAUGAUUUAUAUAUAAAGUUUGCAAUGAAUCCAUUUUAUGAACCCAAUUCUCCUGUUCAAUCAAGUGCAUUUGAGAGAAAAGUUCAGUUUCUUGGGAAGAAACACCUUUUAAGCUGA